AUGCCAAUCCUCGGCGGGAAGAACAAGUUCAACUCCAAGCCCGCCGCCAUCCGCGUCGAGAAGGUCCAGGUCGCCGCCCCGAAGCCGCGCCCCAAGCUCGCCCACGCCACCUCGUCCACCUCUUCCGCCAAGCCCUCCCCUCGCCCCUCCCCCAAGCCCAACGGCAAGUCGCUCCUGUCCCGCAAGCAGAGCGCCUCGCCCUACCCCUCAUCCUCGGACGAGAAGCGCAGCGAGCGGAAGCGCAAGGUCGGCAGCGCCGGCCCCUCCCAGCCCAAGUUCGACAACGACUCGGACGACGACGACAACUACGACGCUUUCAUCAACCUCGAGCCCCGCAAGCGCCAGCGCACCAAGGAUGGCCAGUUCGUCGACACCCAACGCGUGCUGACCCGCUCGAGCGCCUUCAAGGACAACGCGCGGCCCCUCAGCCGGCUGAUCCACGCCGUCCACAUCAGCAACCUCAAAAAGUGCCCCAAGGCCAAGCGCUUGCUCGGCGCGACCGUGGAUGACGACGUGAGGGUCAGGCUGCAGUACCCGAGCAAUUACGGCGCCGAAGAAUACGAGCUCAUAUCCGAAAAGGGCAUCAUCAACGCGGUGGAGGACAUCAAGACGGUGGUCAGAUUCGUCGCCGACGUCUACCUCACAGAAGAACAAGCCACGGACUUCACGGAGCCGAACAACGGGCUGAUAAGGCGGCUCGAGAGGGCAUCGAACAUCAACGACUUUCACGGCUUCGUCUCGGCCUUGGGGGAUGCCAACAAGAGGAUCCGGGACCUUGCCGCCGACGGCACGAUACGCAAGAACCUCGACAACCUCCACGGCAUCCCGCGCGACCUGGUCGAGUUUAUCCUCACCCAGGUCUACGACCGCACAGUGUCACCGGAAGUGGAGAAGCUCAAGCAGUACAAGAACGGCACCGACAACGUCUAUGGCGAGCUAACCUACAAGUUCAUCUCCGAAAUCCUCCAAGAGAGGACGCGCAUGACGUCGGACCAGGUCUUUGUCGACCUCGGCUCGGGCGUGGGCAACGUCGUCUUCCAAGCCGCGCUGGAGAUCGGCUGCGAGAGCUGGGGCUGCGAGAUGAUGGAGAACCCCUGCGACUUUGCCGAGGCGCAGGAGAAGGAGUUUGGCGCCCGCUGCAAGAUGUGGGGCCUCCUGCCCGGCCGGGUCAACCUCGAGCGAGGCGACUUCACCAAGAGCACCCGCAUCCACGAGGCCAUGAAGCGCGCCGACGUCAUCCUCGUCAACAACCAGGCCUUCACCCCCCAGCUCAACGCCGAGCUCGUCAACAUGUUCCUCGACCUGAAGCAGGGCUGCAAGAUCGUCUCGCUCAAGUCCUUCGUCAACGACCAGGGCACACGAAACGCCAACGAUAUCGCGAGCAACAUCCUCGAGGUCGAACACCUGACGUACCCGGAGGGCGGCUACGUCAGCUGGACGAACGCCGGCGGCAACUACUGCCUCUCGACCAAGAAGUAA